AGGGAGGUCUGAUAUAUAGGAAAACAUGCAGAACCUGAGUGAAAUGAAAUUAGCCACAACAUGAUGAGGACUGUGCUAGUGAUUGCAAUGUGCCUGGUGGCUCUGGCUCUGGCCACUACUCCUGAAACUUCUGAAGAAAAAGGCCUUUUUUUCAACCUGAAUAAUGGAGAGCUGUGUGUUAACAGCGUGCAGUGUAAGAGCUCCUGCUGCCAUCAUUCAGAUGAUUACCUGCCUCGCUGUGCCCCACGGGCUGCAGACAACGAAAUAUGCUCUAAGAAGAGCUUAUAUGGUACAUACUACUACUGCAUUUGUGAGGAUGGACUUAAAUGUGAAGGUGACUGGUCCAUUGGAGGAUCCAUUGUCAACACCAACUUUGGAAUCUGCACAGAUCCCCAUCAUGCCUAAACUACCAACAACUAAUGAUCUCUACAUAACACUCAAUGGAAUAAAUAGACAGACAGUGCAUUGAAUGUUUCCAUGAAAGAAAUUAUGACUUACUGUGGGACCAAAAAAAAAAAGGAAAAAGAAAAAAGGAGUAAAUGGCACACUACAUUAAUCAAUAUAUUAGUACAGAGCUAUGCAUACAUUUUUGGUGAAUUUUUUAAAACAAUUAUAAUGGGCUUUAGUCAGACUUAAGUUUAUAUUCAAAGUACAUUUUGCCCAAUGCCCCACUGUAUCAAAAAUAGAAAGGUCAAAGUAAGCACUGUCACUCAGACUCUCAGAAUGUAAUGAAAUUUUUUUACCCAUGCCAGUAUACCACUGAUCCAUGAUGGUAUUCUGUGAUAGAAUUAAGUAAAUUUUGAAACCAUAAAAUUAAUAAAAUAUUGUUAUAAAAGCCAUGAGUCAAAUUACUGCAUAAAAAAAAUAUAUAUUUUGUGUGUAGUCUGUACGCAAGGGUGCCAAACUGUCAAUAUCGGAAUAUGUAGAUACUGCACAUCAAGGUUGUGAUUGGAAAGUAGAGUACCUCUAACAAAAAAAAUAAUUGGGAGGCAGAAAUGAGUGCAAUGAUUUCUUCCAUGUAAGUUUGAUAAAACAUUUAAGAUAAGCUGCCAAUAUUUUUAAGUUUGUGAUUUGAUGUCCUAAGGUAUACAAACUUUUGCGCAAAAUUGGUUUGGGCUUGUAAAAUUUGCUAAAAUAUUUUCUCAUUCUCUGUUCAAAAGAAUGAGAAAAUGUGUUACUAUAUCUGCAUGCCCAACCAUAUUAUUAUAUUUAAAUUAAGUGAAAGCUCCUCUUUGUGUGGCUGUUUUCAUCUGAGAGUAGACUCAUACCUAUUUGUUGUGCAUUUACCCAUAUAUGGUUCAAACAAGCCCAGAGGUAGUGAUGCAUUCACUAAAACCCAAGGCUACUGCCAGUUUGUAUUGGAAUAAAAUGAUUUAGUCACCAUGA